CAAAAGCAACAAGAAAAUGGAAUAAGCAUAAUACUGAUAGAAGAAAAGAAAAGAAAAGACAAGAAAGAAGACAAAAUAUAACAAUCAACAAAAAAAAAGGAAGUGACAAAGAAGUACAGUCAGGAAAAGAUAAGAAGGAAAAGUAUGAGAAAGGAAAAAAUAAAGAGGAGAAGAUUGAAGGAAGAACAAAAAAAGCAGGAAAUAAAGAAAUAAGAGACAGUAAUAGAGGAAGAAAAGAAAAAGGAGAAGCGAGAAAACGAGAAAUAACAGAAACAAGAAAUAAGAAGAU